AUGUUGAAGUUUAUACUUCUAAUUGUUCUAUUUUGUAUCGUGGGUGUCUCUGCUCAAUUCCGUCCCGAAUGUGAGCAUCCUUUGCAUUAUGGAGUUCAACAAUGUACCAACUCUUCUUCUGUUAGAUACCACUUCGACAAAGACGCGAAGAAAUGUCUCGCUUUCAAAUAUUCCGGAUGUGGAGGAAACGCCAACAACUUUGCCGGCUACCAAGAAUGUCAAUCUUUCUGUCUCCCAAUGGAUUAUUUCACCUGUCCAGGAGGAACUGAGGCAGUUGCCAGUAAGAAUGGAAAGACACAUUGCGGAGGAAUGGAACAACUGGCAUGUGACGGCCCAAAUACUUUCUGUUUGAAUGGUCCAUUCACUGGAAUUUGCUGUGACACAAGAGCCAGAGAUAAGAUCAACGAUGACUACGAAAAGGAAUGUGGACCAGGGAAGCUGAAGCACCAGAUCGACAUCGGAGGAAUCACUAUUCCAAUGUUCGGAAAGACUUGUGACUCCGCCUUCUGUCCAGCAAACACCAAAUGUCAUCAAGGAAACUAUUUUGCGUAUUGCUGCGCCUAA